AUGCCCAUGGAUCUUCCACGAACGUUCCCCAUGCGGGUAGCCGGCGGGAAGAUCAUUCAGGUGCCGUCAGUCGGAUUCGGCACCUGGGCGGCAGACGACCCAACUUGGUGUAGCCAGGCAGUUGCUGACGCUCUCAAGGCCGGCUACCGGCACUUGGAUUGCGCUUGGGAGUACGGGGUGGAUUCCGAAGUCGGAAAAGGCAUCCGAAUGUCAGGUGUUCCCAGGAAGGAAAUAUUCGUCACAACCAAGUUUUGGCCACAUUUCGCCGCACCUGAAAAUGUGCAAGUCUGCCUCGAACAGGUUCUUGAAAGGAUGGGGCUCGACUACGUGGACCUGUUCCUUGCUCAUUUCCCCGGUGCUCUGAAGCCGCAGGGUGAUCUGUCACAAGCGGUAAACUUCCUAGGCGCAACCCCCGAUGACCAAAAGGCAGCCACAGACGCAGACGGAAAUUAUAUACCGGAUAUCCUGCAUUGCCCCAAAUCGGUUGCAAAACUGAAUGGUGCUGACGGCAGCUUCGUGCCAACGUGGCAGGCUAUGAAAAAAUUGGUCAAGAGCGGCAAGUGUCGUGCAAUUGGAGUGUCCAAUUUUGAACAAGAGCAUAUUGAAGAGAUAUUACCCUAUGCUACCCACAACAAUGUGCCAAUCUCAUGCAACCAGAUUGAAGCACAUCCUUGGUAUCCGAAUACCAAAUUGAUUAGCUUCCUACACAGAGAAAGUAUCGUGCCGUCUAUUUACAGCCCAUUCGCUCCAAAGCGGUUUAGGCUUGAAAGAGGUCAGGUCCUUGGUGAGCCCUUCCAGCCGAAUGGCGUCUUGUUACUGCAGGAAGGAAAAGUCAGAGAAGUUGCCCAUCGCAACAAUAUGGAUGUGGGUCAGGUUUUACAGAGCUGGGCAGUCCAACGACACACAAUUCCGCUCGCGAAAAGCCAAUCGAAGCACAGAAUUUCCAGCAAUCUGUUUGUACAAAGACUACCGGAGAAUGACAUGCAAAAACUGGAUUCCCUGAGCUUGGAGGGCAACUAUGGAAAAUGCAUUGACCUCAAUUUGCUAUUCCCUGGCUUGAAGUUUCAUGAUUAG